AUGACGCGCCGUCAUGUGGCUGCCGCCGCCACCGAUGCCGCCCACUGUCGUAUGCAGAUUGGCAGCUUAACCCCGCCAAAUGACCAGCACCGCGUUUUGCGUGUGCUUUCUUUGGGCCUGCGCGGGCGCAACUCGCAAAAUGGGAUUGACUUUGAACAAGGCAGCUCUUUCAUCGAAUACGAUGACACGGCCGAGGAACGCUACAUUCAGCAGCUGCAGAUUGAAGUCAAGGCUCUUCGCGAAGAACUGACUGCUUCCGAGAUGCGCAAUAAGGCUCAGCAAACUGAACUUCAAAAGUUUCAGGAUACUGCCAGCUUUGCCCAUGCCAGCCCUCAAGAACAAGCCCGCACCUUUGGUGAGCUCAAGCUCAAACUUGUGGAAUGCGAGGAGCAAACCAAGGCCAUGACCCGUGAACGUGAUGCCAGCCGUGAAAAGACUGUUGCGAUUCGCACCCAGCUUCAAGACUGUAUGCAGAAGCGAGAUGAGCAAGCCCAUACCAUUGCCGAACUACGUGAAGAGGUCCGGCGUCUGCAACAGCAGCAAAUGCAACGACUGAGCCAUGAGAACACUGGUGCCCAAUCGCCAAUGGCCGGCGCGACGGCAACUUUGCCUGCAGCCAGCGAGAGCGCCAAGUUUCAGCACAUGCUCGAGAUGGCCAUUAAGCUUCAAGCCGAGGCUGGUGAUCUGGACUUGCUGCCCUCCGAGCCCAUCAUCAUGGCGUCUCCAACUUCGGGUAGCGCUACGGUGCCUACAGUCGUCACCUAUGAUGAGUUUGGUUUUCCUGAGCCUAAUCUUCCCCAGGUGCCCUUGGGCAUCCUCAACACCAUGGCUCGAGAGCGUGACAUGGAGCCCGAAUGGGCCAAGUUUAUGACCGAAGCCAACAGCCUCGACGAAAUUCGGUACCGAGCUUCGUCUCAAAAGGUCAAGGACCUUGUUCGCCGCGGUGUGCCGAGCCGCUUCCGAGGCGAGCUGUGGAAGCAGCUUGUUCGUGAUGUGAGCGCCCCCUCGCGCCGAUCUUACCCGCCCAACCACUUUGCGCAGCUGCGAGAGCAAAACAAGGGCAAGUCAUCUCCGGCAAUUCGGCAGAUUGAACAGGACUUGCUGCGCACCUUUCCCAGCCAUCCUGACUACAUGACUAUGGGCUCGGACCGCAUUCAAUCUUUGUACACGGUGCUGAGCGUCUACACAUGGCAUGAUCAGCUUCUCGGCCAAGACAUUGGCUAUUGUCAAGGCAUGAACCUGAUUGCCGCCGUCCUUCUGCUUUAUCUGGAUGAGGAGGAGGCGUUUUGGGGUUUGGACGCCAUUGUGGGCCGUAUCUUGCCUGCUCACUACUUUGACAAGACCCUGAUUGGCGCCUUGACGGAUCAGCGCGUGUGUCAUGAAUUGUUUGUUGAGCGUUCUCCCAAGCUGGCCGCACAUUUGCGAGCCUACGAGGUGGACCCGGAUAUGACUAUCUUUCAGUUCAUGCUGACACUGUCCAUCGAUGUGCUGCCCGUGUUCACGGCCGUUCGGAUUAUGGAUUCCAUCUUGCUCGAGGGCAAUAAGGUUCUAUUCCGCUACGUGCUGGGCAUGUUUAAGGCGCUCGAGCCGGACAUCAUGAAGCUCAACGACCGCUCGGCUCUGCUUUCCUAUAUUCGCGAGGCUUGCCAAUGCGUAUACGACGUACCGCUGCUGGCCAAGCAUGCUUUUGACGGCCUCAAAUAUUUUACAUCUCGUACCAUCGACGACAAGCGCCAGCGCCACCAAGAGCUUGUGUGUCGCGAACAGGAGGAGCUUCAAGCCACCCGUCGGCGUUUCAACAGCAGCUCAGCUUAGCCGACUGCUCGCGACGUCGGCAAAGAGACUGCCCAUCUGCAAAGUGUACCAGAGCACCACCUUUUGUUUGAAACAGCUGUGCGGGCCGCGGCUGGCAAGUCAAACCUUCCUGACCAGACAUUCACUGUGGCGUCGUUCGCCCGCCAUUUGGUGCGUCGAGACGACGUUUUAUCCCCGCCCCGUAGCAUGGGUUUUUUUGUUUUGUUUUGUUUUGUCUUGUUUUUGCCUGUGCCUGUGUUGUCUGUGUGUCUUUUAUAUCUCCUCCUCCCAGCAGAGCCUGGUGCUCUCGGGAAAAUUAAUGUUUAUUCCGUGCAUGGCGCUGUUGAGCAGCGACAACUGAUUUUCCAAUCCAAUGGCAGUGACUGGAUCGAGUUACUCAAGGGACGAAUUCAAAAAUUGAUGACGUGUGAAUUG